AUGGAUACUGGUGAAUUCGUGCAAUCGAAAUUUGCUCAGGCGCUCAAAACCCAGAGCACAGUCACAAGGUCCCAUCCCUGUCCUUAUCCAGGACACGAAGGCCGGAUUUUCCCGAACGCUGAACAGCUAUAUGACCAUGGAAGGAUAGAUCAUCGUGUCGAUUUUGAGGGCUUGAACUCGAGACAGGCACGAGAUAAGUUUCGCGAGCUGAGUGUAAAGUUCAGGAGGUCGGAUCACUCGUCAGCUGCAACUGCGGGAGAUCGGUCAGCACCUGAUAUUGGAGGUCUUACUAUAGAUUCAGGAAAGAACUCCCGACAAAACUCACCACCGUCUGGUAGGAAACGACCGGCAGAGCAUGAGUUUACUAGUCCGAGGGGAAAGGGUCCCUCUCAUGUGGAGAUAGUCGAUUCGGAAUACUCGAGACAGAUUCCUCAUACUGUUGUAUCGGAUCGGACACGACCGAAACCACAUGAUGCACGCCUCUUUGACCCAAAGCAGAGCACUAAAGGUACUUCAUCUCCGUACCAGACGACGCCCGAGCCCUCCAGCGAAUGCAAUCUCAACGCCAACCAGGCCUUAUUGAGCUCCAGCGCUAUGAUCCCCGGUAUCCAGGUCUGUUGUUGCAGCCAGAUAGUAGGCCUAUCUCUCAAGAGCAACUUGCAUCUGAAGUGA